CGUAAAGUAAACAGAUGACGUCAGAGGCGUGACUGUGCAGGACGGGCGCGCGCGCAGGACGCAGUGAGAGUGUGAGCGCGUGCACUCGGGAUCAGCGCGAUAAAGAUGGGCAACGUUCAACCCACGGUUGUUCCCUGUGAGGACUUUGACGUGAUGGCGGAUAUUAAGGAGAUCCGCAAAGCCUGCAAAGGAAUGGGCACUGAUGAGGAGACCAUCAUCUCCAUCUUAGCUAACCGCUCCUCGGCCCAGCGCAUGGAGAUUAAACAAGCGUACUUUGAGAAAUAUGAUGAUGAGCUGGAGGAGGUGCUGAAGAGCGAGCUGACUGGAAGUUUCGAGAAGGCGAUCAUCGCCAUGUUGGAUCCGCCUCACGUCUAUGCUGCUAAAGAACUGCGACGCGCCAUGAAGGGAGCCGGAACCGACGAGGACGUGCUGGUGGAGAUCCUGUGUACCAGCACCAAUCAGGAUAUUGUGAAUAUUAAGGAGGCGUACGCUCAGGUACACGAGCGUGACCUGGAAGCUGACAUCGAGGACGACACGAGCGGAGACGUGAGAAACUUGUUGAUUUCACUCCUUCAGGCGAGCAGGGACGAGGGUUUUGACGUGGAUGAAGGAUUGGCUGAACAGGACGCCAUAUCGCUGAUCGAGGCUGGAGAAGGACGCUUCGGCACGGACGAGUCCACUUUCACCUACAUCCUCACUCACAGGAACUACCUACAGCUUCAGGCCACCUUCAAAUACUACGAAUCCAUGUCUGGGACAGACAUCCUCGAUGCCAUCAGCAACGAAGCCACAGGGACUUUAAAGGACUGCUACAUAACUCUGGUUCGGUGCGCUAAAAACCCGCAGCUCUAUUUCGCCCGUCGCCUGAACGCAGCGAUGUCGGGCGCAGGGACGGACGAGGACACGCUGAUCCGCAUCAUAGUGGGACGCUCGGAGUUGGACCUGGAGACCAUUAAGGACAUGUAUCUGGAGAAGUUUGACGUGACGUUAAAGGACGCUCUGAGCUCGGACUGCGGCGGAGAUUUUAAGCGCCUCCUGCUGGCUGUCCUUCACUGAAGAGAGAAAGAGUCUUACACUAAUCCCUACACCAGGAAUGAACCUUCUCACCAACACUGCCUAGAGGAAUAACACACAGGCUGUGUUCCGAUACUGUUCUAACACGCCCUCGUCCACUUCCCCUGAAACUCCAGUCAGUCUGAAGGAAAAUGGUGACAAAUUUGUCUCUUUUAUUCACAUUUUUACAUAACGGUAGAAAAUCAAUCUUUUUUUUUUUAAAGUGACAUAGUUUUUAACCUACUAGUAAAAACUCUCAAACUUGGAAAAAUUUCAGUGGCCUAGAUUUUACCUACUAUUAAAAUACAAACUUAAAUAAAUUUUUUUAAUUAUUUUUUUUUGUCUUUUUUCUCACCUACUCGUAAACAUUCUACACAAAUACAAAUUACAAAUUAGAAAAAAAAAAUUACAAAAAAAAAAAAUACAAAUUAGGAUUUUAAACUUUUUUUAUUUACUACUAAAAAACACAAAAACAAAUUUUAGAUUUUUUGGGGGGUAUUUUGGAUUUAAUCUUUCAGAUUUUUGGGAUUGUUUCUUUUUAAGUGGCCUAGCUUUUACCUUCUAGUAAAAAUGCUAAAACAAUAAAACAUUUUCUCAAAUACACAUUUUGUAUUUUGUGACCACAAUUUCCAUCUUCUAUCAUAAUAUUUUGUUAUUGUCGUAUUUUGAUACUUUGUCGCAUUUAAUAUUUUAAAAAAGAAAAUUGAACUUUUUUCAACACACAAUUUUCAGCAUUUUCUACACUUUCAGGCCAAAAUCUGAAAAUUCAUUGCGUUGAUAUUUGUACUUAGUUUAAGACAGAAUUACAGGUUUGUUUUGAAGGAGACGUUGACGAGGGCGUGUUAUAAACGGUGUACGAACGCAGGAAUGCACAACUACCAUGUACACUUUACUUCUGCUUUACAUUCACAUUCACAUGCCUGAAAUCAUUCAGUCCACACUGCCUCUUCUGUUCUAGUCAUAUUUCAUCCCAAACUGGGCAUUUGUUUUUUUUAACAGCAUGAUUUUAAUGAUGCAGACAUGCUCAAUGAUGCAGAUUAAAUUAUUAAGAAUUAAGGAAGAUUUUUCCUGCAUUUAUGGAGAAAAAAAAACAACUAGUAUUAGAGUACUAUUAGAUAAAUAUUACAGAAAUAUUUCGACUAAAAAUCAAAUUUACGAAAUGUAUAUGAUUAAACAUGAAGAGAUGUUUAAUGUGUGAAUUUUUUCUGUUUAUUUAUUUUUUUAAAUUAAUUUUGCACUGUCCCUAUGAGGCUAGUAGAAGUCUAUCUCACCCAACACUCAAACCUGCUCGCAUUAAUCAACAUCGAUAAGUUUUAGAGUGUUAUUUUGUAAUAAAUGAUUCUCUAGAAUAGCAUCAUUUGGUGAAACCGAAUCAUCUUUUUGCUCUAAUAAAACCGUUCCAACUUGUAAAUAUUCAGGAGGCGGAGCCUGAUCAAAUAUAAUUGGAGUUAUAUUGUUCGAGUCUGAACUCAAAUUUUGAAAAUAUAAGCUUUAAUGACAGUGUUUGAAGCAAGUACAUGAAUAUUUGCAUAUAUAUUUAUAGAUUUUUUUCAGUGAGAUAGAGUUCUAUUAGUUUGUAGUGUCAAAGCUCGAAUGUGAAAAUGAAACAACCGAUCAUUGGUUCAUCCAUUAUAUAUAUUUAACAUAAGUGGAAAAAUGUGUGAUUGUUUUUAUUUUGCCAAAUUGCCCCUUUAAAAAGCUUUAAAAGCUUGAAAAAGCUUGAAAGUGAAAGUAUUUAAAGGGACUCGACAUGUUUAUUCACUGAAACAGAACUCAAGCCUAUUUAUUUAAUUUCAUUUACAGUUUUAGAAUUAAUUAAUGAAUAUGAGAACACUAAAAAUCCCAUCUUUCAGAUCACAGUAGUUUCAGGUAUCAUCUCUUUAACAGGAAGUGUUCUGGUGCGUUAAUACUCAGACACCUUUUUAACAUUUUACUCCUUACAAAAAUGUGUGUAGCACUGAAUAUAUUCAGUAGAAUAAUAUAAUACAAUACAAAGUGUCUACGCUGCUUCCUACUGAAUAAUCCUGUAUUUAGGCCGUGUGGAAGUGUCGUGCAGGAGAGUUGGGGUGAUUAUAAGAGAAGAGAAGGUAGAAUGUCAUGUACAAGAAUUUGAAAUGUGCUCUCUUGCUUUUCAAGCAAACUCAGUAAGUGCUGAUGGAAAAGCUGCUUAUUUAAAUAUUAACCCGCAGCUAAUAAUGAAGUGUAAGAUAUUAAUAUCAGUGAGCGUACGCUGCUAUGUGUGAUGAGUGUGAUGCAAUCUGUACAAAAAAAAGGAGACAAGAUGAAGAUACUGUGGGAGCAAAUAAACACUCAUUCAUGUGUAUUAAUAAAUAACAAGUAAACAAACCCCU